AGUUGCCAACGGGUUUUCAUCGAAUACGGCCACGAGGCAACAUGCAGCGCUAAGAACAAAAAAUAGAAACGCAUUGUGACCAGUGCAACGCAUCUCAAAAAAAGAAAAUUAAAGAAAAUUCGGAGAGUGACAGAAUAUCAAUGUGCUCGCCGAUCCUAUAACUGCAGCUAUAACUAUAGUUAGCCCGCUAUAAAUAAUAUGCAUAAGUCGUGCAUAUGUUUUUAGCUGUGCAAUGAUUUAAACAAGAACUGAUGUGAAUUAACUUAACCGAAUCACAGACACUCCACGAACAUUCUCAAUAAUAGCAAUAAUAAUAGCAAAUUAUUCAACACAUGUAAAGCGCAACUCAACGGCUAAUUAAACCAUUGAAAAAUGUCGAAAAAACCGCGAGGGCAUAUACACAAAAUUCGUGAAUUCGAAUUGGAAAAGAUUCAACUUGUGGAUGAGUUUGAUAUCAUUCAAAUUGUCGGUGAAGGAUGGUUUGGCAAAAUAUUGCUGGUUGAGCAUCGGGGAUCUCAAACAGAAAUGGUACUGAAGGCGGUUCCUAAACCAUACGUGACUCUGCGCGAUUUCUAUCGCGAAUUUCACUAUGGACUCCACUUGGGUGUGCAUCGGCAUAUUGUAACCACAUAUGAUGUGGCCUUUGAGACGGCUGGUUUCUAUGUAUUCACACAGGAAUACGCACCACUGGGGGAUCUUACAUCAAAUGUGACUGAAACUGGGGUGGGUGAAGUUUACAGCAAGCGUAUAGCCAAACAAUUGGCAUCCGCCAUAGAUUACAUGCAUUCAAAAGACAUUGUGCAUCGGGACAUUAAACUGGAUAAUGUGCUCAUAUAUCGUUCGGAUUUUCAACGCGUCAAACUUUGUGAUUUCGGCGAAUCAUUUCAAACUGGUACUACAGUGGAACGUCGCAAUGAAUGGUUGCCCUACAGUCCGCCCGAAGUAUUAGAAGUGAAGCCAGAAGGCACCUACAAAGCCGAUCCCAGUCACGAUGUCUGGCAGUUUGGCAUUGUUAUAUUCGUCUGCCUGACUGGCUGUCUGCCCUGGCAAAAGGCAUCCUCCGAGGAUCCACGCUAUGUACGCUAUAUGGUCUGGCAAAGCAGCAUAAUGAUGAUGCCCCUCCGACGAACACCCAAACUGUUUAAGCUGCUCACAUCGCGCGCUCAGCGUAUGUUUAAGCGGUUUCUGGAGCCACGCAGCGGGAGCAGGCCAAAGAGUUUGGGUGACUUAACCAGGUUUAUGGAUGAUCGCUGGCUGGCCAAAACGGCGGAGAAAGAAAUGGCCGAAUAUGAGACAGACGAACUGUGUCCCUCAAUGUAUUCCUUUCACAGCAGCCCCGACGAGAAGAAUCGCCUGCUGUACACAUUGGCGGAUUGUGGCAUCGAAACCAAUGUCGAUCGCCAGCUGAAAAAGAAUCGCAUAAAAGACUGGAUAGAGUCUUCCAUAAUUACGGAGGAGGAUGAAGAGGAGAAUGAAGAAACCAAUUCGGCAUCGCCGUGUUCAUCGAUAUCACGCGAACCGGUGCCGGGACACAUCUCAUCCAUUCGACAGCCACCGAAACCACAGCCGGAUAAGCCCAAAGAGAUAAAGGGCACAUUGAAGGACGCGACACAGAAGCACUUUGAUCCCCGAACGGGUGCACUGCAGCAGGGGCCCAGCGAAAUGGGCAUGGCCCUGCAUUCGGCGCGAUCAACGACUAUCGCUUCCACAUCGACGCUGAACAAUGCCGAUAGUAUGCUGACCUUGGGCUCCCGCCAGGAUAUGUUGGCGAGCAAUUUGACCAUUUAUAAUUCAAUGGAAAUGGAGCUGAAUCGCUUAGGUAAGGAUCAGAUGUCACUUCUGCAAGUCGGUGGCUUUAUAAACCAGUCACAGAGCAGCAGCAGCCUACUAACCGCACUCGAUGUGCCGCCGCCACCGAUGCACGUCGUCCACUCUUCCACCAACUCCAUCGCACCUGUCAAGAACUCGAUUGGCGUCGGCACACGCGGUCCCACCAAGAGCAUCCUGCAACGCUCCAAAUCCGAUUCACUACAGUCGGCCAUGUACAACAGCAUGCCGACCAUUGACAACGCCCACUCCUCCUAUACAGCCGCUUUUAACACCAACAAUAAUGUUAAUCUUAAUCUAAAUCAGAGUCUGCAACCAUUGCAGACCAGCUAUGCGCCAAAUGGCAGCGCCUUCUUUAAAAGUGGUAAUAAUAAUCAAAUUGGUAACCGAACUAAUCCAAACAACAAAACUGUGACUUUUUCGGGCUUAACUAAUGCCUUUCAAUCGCUUGCUCAACUCCCAAUGCUGGCUAACAAUUAUGUCCCGGCACCGACAUCAUCGAUGGUGCCAGCUGUUAACUAUUUUAAUCGCUCCCACAAUGAUUCUCAAGUCAAAGACAGCGCUUACGGAUCGACGGACGUAAACGAGACGACGAUGAGCCAUCUACUGCCACCGCCACAACAUGGCAGCACCACAACGCCCAGACAGAUGGUUUACAAUGGCACUCGAGAAUCAGCACAUCAAACAAAUAUGAAAGAUACGGCCUACGACCGGACGGUGGUAACCAAUAGCAACAGUGCGCGAAAGCGAAGAUAGCUUCUAUCCACAUCCACAAUAAACUAAAUAAUAUACAAUUUGCAAGUUCCAAUAAAUAUUAAACGUAAAAUUUGUUAACA